AAAUUAUACGCCAUAGCUUCGGAGGCAUCUACCAUCAAUCCAAACGCGACUUUACGGUGGCCUAUCCUCGGCUCGACUUCCAACCUCCGAACAGUCCUAGCAACAACCUGAAGAUUAGGAGAUGGCCUGCAGCAGAAAGCUACCGAACGAGAUCCUCCUCGAUAUCUUCGAACGUCUGCAGGAUUCGCCUACUAUUUUACUGAAUGCGAUGAAAUGCUGUCGCAGGUGGCAUCGGCUCGCUUCCGCAGUCCUAUACACCAACGUCUCCAUUGACUCAAAGCUACGCAAGGAUUCAACAGGCGCACGAUUCGCGAAACAGGUCACCCAAUGUGACCUUGUUCAAUCCUUCAGUCUGCAAAUUACCCAGGUCCACCUGAUGGGCUUCAACAUCUUCUCCACGGACGCCUUCGAUAGACUGACCGAACUGUGCGACGUUUUGGCACGCAUGAAGAAUCUUCGAACCUUCGCACUAUCAUUUGAAGAACCCGAUGGACAAGGGUUUUCUGCUCCAGGCUUUGCGAUUGUCUCCAUCUUGAACAGCCUCCCAAAGGGGGUCGUCAAUCUCAAUUUGGACUGCGACCGCAUUAGCAGGACGGAUCUCGGGCAGCCUCACAGUUGCCAUGCUCUGAGCGCUCUGAUACCUCGGCUCAGGAGCUUGCGGCUCCGGACAUCACUGCUUUGUUCCGGGCUACUUGCCAGUAUCUUCCCACAAGCGACACUUGACCAUGAGCGAGAUACGCUCCCUAAAGCGCCAACUUCUCCAUGUGCGACAUCAUCCCUCGAGUAUGUUCUUAUCCAUCUUACGACCUAUCCUGAGCCUGAACGUGGACCUCACACAGCUCUGUGCUUCUCUGGGGACAAAACAUUACACGGUUCGAGGCUGGCGAGCAUGCUAGGAAACCUCUAUGAGAUGGGUGCCUUUCCUCGUCUGCGCCAAUUCGCGGUUAUAGGCAGGGUUGACGCCACACCUUCGCCGCGAAAUGACACUUGGAACGUAUUCAAAGCCCGUGUACUCACCAAAGAUUUCGUGAGAACUACGACACUGCCCUGGUGCGCGCGAGGCGGGUCAAGCUCUCUCUACAUGAUCAGAGAUCAAGAUGGGGAUUGGUUCGGAUCGUCUAAAGAGAUUUCAAGAGCACUUGAAGGGCCACUCGCGUGGACCCAUGCAGGCAUCAAAGCACCGCAGGCUCCACAAGCUGAUUAUAACAGCUGCUGGAAGCUCGAUCAUAGCCAGCUUAUAGCCCGGGAAUCUGUUAUCGAGAAAUUUGGGGUCUCAUUUCGCUUGUGGAAGCACGAACAUGCAACCGGAUUGAGAUUGCUGGACCCACGCACUGCCACUGGGUUUGCUGAUACUGCAGCAAUGACCCAGCUUCUGCCUCCUGGGUGGGUAUGGGUGCCGGAAGGUCCGUGGAACUGGACUAUCGAACCCGAGCCCAUGGAAACAGCGUUAUAAUCACCGGAUCAAAACACCAGUCUACCAAUCCUCGACGAGAGUUCCCGUCCAGGAAGACACCACAUGUCGGUCUAACUAGGACGCGAUACUCCUGUCUCUUCACCGGUUUUUUCUGUUCAAGGAUGACGACGGCCCAAGAAUCGCAAGGUCCAUCCAUCCGACGACACGUCUACGCGAGAUAUCCGAGCUGAUAUCCUCGACGUCCAACCACAAUUCUUUCGUCUGCCAUACAUCGCACACACUCUUCGGGUUCGUUUAAACCCCGCUCUUGUA